CACCUCAUGUCGCACURAAUAUUAGCAUUAUCUACAAACAGCCAAGCAUAGGUUAUACGAGGCAUUCUACUUGGCAACCCAAUCACCAGUUUAUUGGGAGCGGAAGCGUGACUCGGCAUUAAAUUCAUGCAAACCACCGGCGGGUGCUAGCGACUUUUCUAUAGCAUGCAUGUGUUCAAAUAUUUCUUGAGCUAUGCGUUGAUUGCGACCACUGCUCAAGCUUUGAGUUUGGAUCGGCGCUCCGCCAUUGAAAGCAGUGUGGCCCUCAUAUCUCCUCUCGUCUCUUUGCAAACAUCACCAGAUCUUCYGCCGCAGUUGUCUUCGAUACUGGUAUCCGCAUCUAUAGAAUCAGAGGUGACUGACAAGAACCCAUUCUUUCCUCUGAAAGUAGUCAACGAUCCGAAUACAUACUCUGCCCUUUCGUACGCUCCACCAAGCAACGCCAACAGCGAAAGCACCCCCCUUAUAUUGGUCCUGCACGGAGCCGGAAAAAACGACAAGGACAUUCUUCUCGACCUUGCCGAUCCAUCCGGAGAACAUUCCGGCCUCAUUCCGAGCUUGAUUGCUUCGCACAGAGCACCACCGAAUCUUCUAGACAACUUUUGUGUUCUGGCUCCCUAUUCGUUCGGGAAACCGAGUUUUUACAACGAUUCCCGUGGCAAAAUACUGCAAUUUGUCGACUGGGCAAUACGGAAUCAAAACACGGAAGAGCUUCCGUUGCGAUUCGAUCCAAAUCGCAUCAUUCUUUUCGGCUUCUCCGAUGGGGCCACGGUUGCCGUAGAAUUGUUGACGACAAAACGAUUUGCUGCCGGUGUUAUUUGUAGCUACGGCUACAGCGGCAAGACACUCCCCUCUCAGGCCCUGGAAAGAUUGUCUGAUAUUCCUAUUUGGGUGUUUCAUUCGAAGGACGAUGUUAUUUUCGAUGUCAGAAACAGCGAUCGGCUAGUGCAACAACUUGAGAGUGUUAAUACUAUUACAAAAAAUGGUUCCACGGAUGGAUCCAUCCUUAAAUAUUCCCGCUUCGACAAGGAUCCCGAAAAUCUUCCUUCGCKUGUCAGGGGACAUAGCAUGGGAAUCACUGCUUCCAGAUCUAGUGAUCUUUAUGACUGGAUGAUCCAACAAAGACUAGCGUAUCCAUAGUCUAAAAACUUUUGUUCAUGCAGCUUCGGCGACCCCAAACUUGACACCCAAACAGCCGUAGUCGACAGGGAAUGAACCAACAUUUUACGGCUUGUGGGGCCGUCUAAAUUUUUAAUCGAUUGACUCAGUAGGCUUCCUUCGUCGCUCCUUGUCCAUUAACUCCCGCUAUUUUGGCAGUGCUGGAUGUGGUGUCUGCCAAUUCAUCAUUGGAGCUCGAAAGUGAUGAUAGAAUGAUAACCCAAAAGAACGAAACUAGAGCAAUGAAGCUUACCCGAAAGUGCUCGGGUAUAAUCGAAAACGUUAAGCAUUGGACGGGUGUCCAUAACCCCCAGAACUUAAAUAGCAGACCCUUGUUUUUGACGUCGUCCACAUAGUGUGCCAUCGCCUCUUUGAAUGUAUUCUUAGCAAGCAAAGCCUUCGAAUAGUAUGCGAUGGGUAGUGUCAAAAGUGGUGUUUGGAUACACAUGUCGCAAAAGACUUUCUUCAAAACGGUGAUUGUUGUUGUUUCGCUCCCAAAUAAAAAUGGAUAGAGAUG